AUGCCGCGCUCUCUAAAGUCCCUGAAUAGUCCAUUUUACCUCCCGUUCCUCCCCUGCUCUCCUAGCACACAGAUCCAGGUGGUCUCUGCCGCCAACCAGCCCCUUGCCCGCACCUCCUGUGGCACCGAGGGGUUCAAGAAUGCCAAGAAGGGCACGGGCAUCACGGCACAGACAGCUGGCAUAGCUGCCGCAGAGAAAGCCACAGCGAAGGGCGUGACCCACAUCCGCGUGGUGGUGAAGGGCCUGGGGCCGGGGCGCUUGUCUGCCAUCCAGGGCCUGACCAUGGGGGGCCUGGAAGUGAUCUCCAUCACAGACAACACCCCCAUCCCGCACAACGGCUGCCGCCCCAGGAAGGCUCGCAGGCUCUGACGGGAAGGAACCUGGCCCUGAACCUGACCGCAAGGCCCACCUGCAGGCCUCAG